AUGACUGGAGAAAUUAUUACUCUUCAGAUUGGACAAUGUGGCAACCAAGUAGGGAAGCAUUUUUGGUCUCAAUUAACCAGAGAACAUGGAAUCGAUAAAGACGGUCAAAGCACAGUUCAACAAGCCAACGAUAGCCAAGAUGUAAGGGAGGAUGACCCUACAAUUUUUUUUCGUCAGAAUGACCACAGCAGGUUCACUCCUAGGGCUUUAAUGUUUGACUUGGAGCCCAGUGCCAUAGCAAGUGUCCAGAACGCGUUUCCCGGUCUAUUCAAUGAAAGAAAUAUAUGGGUAUCUAGAGACGAGCUUGGUGCUGGAAAUACAUGGUCCAGAGGCUAUGACUACGGGCUGGAAAAUCAAGAGGAAUUUAUAAAUAUGAUUGACAAGGAAAUGGAUGCUACGGAGAACUUUGAGGGGUUUCAGCUACUGCACUCUGUCGCGGGAGGUACCGGUUCUGGGUUAGGAUCAAACUUUCUCGAAGCUCUUUCUGACAGAUAUCAUAAAAAAAUUGUGACAACGUACUCAGUAUUCCCCAGUAGUGAAUCAGAAGUAGUCAUUCAGCCUUACAACACUAUUUUAACUCUGAGACGAUUAAUCGAGAAUAGCGAUGCUUCAGUUGUUUUCGACAAUGAUGCUUUGCUCAACCUGGCAACGAAGGUCUUCAGAGAUCGUAAUACUAGUUAUGAGCAAACCAAUCAGCUCAUUUCAAGUGUGUUGUCGUCCGUGACUAACAGUCUCAGGUUCCCCAGCUAUAUGUACAAUUCAUUGCCAAGCAUUUUUUCUACUCUAGUGCCUACAGCUGAUUUGCAUUUUCUGGUGCCCAGUUUUACACCUUUCACUGCUGAUUUUAUCCCUGAGGUUAGAGACUUCAAGAGAAGCUCUGCGUAUGACGUUGUGCUUGACUUAUUCGAUAAAAAUAAUGGCAUGGUGCUGCGCAACAACGAUACUCCGACUUAUUUGAGUAUUUAUGACUCUAUUUUGGGACCAGUAGACCAAACAGAUAUAACAAGGGCCAUUCUAAAAUCACAGCAACGCAUCAAGUUUCCGGCAUGGUCGCCUACAGCACUCCAUGUCAAUGUUGGCAAGAAAUCUGUAUAUAAUGCUACUCCAGACUCUGACAGAGUUAGUGGGAUGAUGCUGGCUAAUACAAGUUCAGUCAAUUCUUUGUUGCAAGGUGCAUGCUCCAGCUUUGAUGUUCUUUUCAAAAGGGGCGCAUUCCUACACAUGUAUCAAAACGGGAGAAUGUUUCAAAAUGGAGUGGAUGAGUUCGUGGAGUCUAGAGAAGUUGUACAGUCCUGUAUCGAUGAAUAUUUCGCAGCUGAGCAAGAAUCGUUCUUAGAUGACGUCCUAAUUGAGGAUGAAAACAUGGUCGGUGAUAUUGAUGGCUUGGACGCGGAUGGAGACAACAUCAUAUGA